AUGCUCACCUCGUCCCUCGUCAAGUUCUCCAGUUCUAUUCCUGCCUCGCUGCCUCGGCCCAGCCUUCGGUCCACCUCCCCGCAACUCCUUCCCUUGCCUGCUGCCCUUCCACGCCCUCCCCAUCGCAUGACCCCCCUCUUCGCCAAAGACAUUUCUAACGCCCUCGCGCCUGCCGGAGACGUAGCUGCCCUCCUCUCCGCGGCCACACGCGUGCCCGUCGCCCGCCUCUUGGCGCCUCUCCUACACAGCAUCUUGGCCGUCGCCGUGUUCGUCAUUGGCUUUGGGUUUCUGCGGACGGGAGGGAUAGCUCCUCGGCAUGGGCUGCAGCACGAGUCAUAG